AUUUCAUUUUUCGGCAAAAAUGGCUUCCCUCCGAACAACAUUAAACAAACUUGGCAAGCUUUGCAGCCAAUCGUGGCGUAAAAGCACUGUAUUGAGGAAUCCUGUUUGUCAGGGAAAUCUUCAAAUUUGUAGACAUGCAUCAGCGUGGAAGUUCGUACCGGACUCACCGCCAGAAUCACUGGGUGAAACCACAAAGAUGAAUCUAUUCCAGUCGCUUACCAAUGCCAUGGAUAUCGCACUUGGCACAGACUCCACAGCAGUUAUCUUUGGGGAAGAUGUGGCAUUCGGUGGUGUGUUCAGAUGCACUGUGGGUCUUGCCGAUAAGUAUGGAAAGGAUCGAGUAUUUAACACUCCGUUAUGCGAGCAAGGAAUAGUGGGAUUUGGCAUCGGCAUGGCCUCUGUUGGAGCCACUGCUAUCGCGGAAAUCCAGUUUGCUGACUAUAUCUACCCAGCAUUUGACCAGAUUGUUAACGAGGCAGCAAAGUUCCGGUAUCGAUGCGGAAACAUCUUUGAUGUUGGAGGCCUUACCAUCCGGACUCCAUGGGGCGCUGUUGGCCAUGGGGCGCUGUAUCACUCCCAGUGUCCGGAGGCGUUCUUCGGUCAUGUCCCCGGUAUAAAGGUGGUUAUUCCGAGAAGUCCAAUCCAAGCCAAGGGGCUGCUGCUGUCUUGUAUACGAGAUAAGAAUCCGUGCAUAUUCUUUGAGCCCAAGGUUCUGUAUAGAGCAGCAGUGGAGCAAGUACCAGUUCAGGAUUACAUGUUGCCGCUGGAACAGGCAGAAGUAAUAGUCGAAGGAAGUGAUGUCACACUGCUUGCAUGGGGCACCCAAGUUCAUGUCAUGCAUGAGGUCGCCCAGUUAGCCCAGGAGAAACUGGGCGUAUCCUGUGAGGUCAUCGACCUGAGGACUAUUGUGCCCUGGGAUUCCGAGACCAUUUGCAAGUCUGUACAGAAGACAGGUCGACUCCUAGUUGCCCACGAAGCUCCCAUCACAGGCGGGUUUGCCGGAGAGAUCAUUGCAACAGUUCAGGCCGAGUGUUUUCUUCAUCUGGAGGCCCCGAUUCAGCGAGUCUGUGGUUACGACACCCCCUUCCCUCACAUCUUUGAACCGUUCUACCUGCCAGACAAAUGGAGGUGUCUAGAAGCUGUCAAGACAAUGAUCAACUAUUGAAGCCUGGGUAGGGCCGAUCCACUGUCAUUCCAGAUUGUUUGGAUCUCGUUGAGCGCUAUCUUCUGGCAACAGGGUCAAGUAAUCGUCAUGGUAACUGUAUACCAGAUUUUUGUCCAUAUUGAUGGUUAUGGCUAGACUAGCUGAAAUACAUUAUUUAUGAAUAACAACUAAA